UCUGUUUCAAACCCAGGCUAAAUUCUUAUUGCUUUUUUGCUCCAACAACUUCCGGUUUGCAGACCUUCUCAGCGAUUACCCAUGGCUGCUCAGGGGUUGAGCAUGUCUUGGUUGAACCCGUACAGUGUGUCGACAUUCACAAAGAAACCAAAAAUAUCUGCCGGCACCGUAUGGUCAAAAGAGAAACUCAUCAAAGAGGGAAAGGAAGAUCGUUUUUUGGUGGUCCAGGCCAAAAUCUGAUCAUUUUUAACCAAACAGCGAAUCUGCCUGAAAAUUCCCCAAUAAUUUACGACGAGGACUAUUCGCCCAUCAAUUCAAGUGCAGAUGGGAAUACGACCAAAGGUGGCAUCAGUGAUGCAAUCGCAAGUGAGAUUUGGAAUUUCCUGGAGGCAAAGUUGGACGAUAUUUUGGGACUCAAGGUGGCUGAUAAUGACACUUUGGAAACUGCAUGGACGUCUACGAGCGACGUGCAGAACAAGCCAAACCGACGAAGACGUGGAGCGCUGUGGGGGAAGAAAAGUUCGACUGCAAAGAAGUCGUCUUUAGUGAAAUUGAAAACUGAACAAAAUAUUCAGACUUUGAAACCGUACAAGUCUCCGCUUUAUCAGUUCCUUGAAUUAGCAAAAGAGUUGAUGAAGAGAACUUGUCCUGCGGGAUAUGUCAACCCCGACUUCUUCGACCUGGCAGUGUCAACUUUUAUUAAAAUUCAAAACAAACAUUUGAGAUUUCCAGAAAGUGCAAAAAAUGUGAAAGCAAAAACCAGAAUUGUGGAAAGUCUACAAUCUUGUAUUGAGAAUGCUACAGAGUUCAACUUCACGAUUGACCCAUGUUCAGAAAAGGCAUUGCAUAUAUGGCCUGUAUCUGGACUUUACUGUGCUUUCGGGAAUUGCUCCCUUGAAAUUAAUAUGUAUGGUGGAUUUGAGAAUUACGAACCUAUCGUUGAAACAACUUGGCAGAUUUUCAAAAAUGCCCACAGCUACUGUUUCGACCAUUUUAGCAAAUAUUACAAUGAUCACCACCGGUUCACCACGUGGAUGAUUAAUUUAUUUCAAAAUCCCAUCAAUGACAUUUGGAGAAAUGGAACUGCGACUGGUAUCGUGUACGGAGGAGUAUUUGGAAACCAAGAAAACGUUCAAACAGCAGUCGCAUAUUGCGCAGCAAGCUCGCAGUUGUUGUCGAAAUAUCCCUGGGAUUUACCUCGCCCUGAGAAAAUUGAGGAAUUAUCCAAUCCGGCCACCCGAAAGAAACGCCAAGUAUUUGAACAAGGGUAUGAUAAAUCUGCCAAAUGUUUGCCUUCUCAUGAAAUACCAAUAUGCGAAUAAAUACUUAUACUGUCAC